AUGGGGAAGCGCAAGGCUGAUACCUCCGGCGAGGCCGACAACGCCAACGAGAUGUUCGACAUCGCCAUCGACGAUGCCCAGCCCAACAACCGGAAACGUGCCUUUGGCAGCGACGGCGCCACCAACGCCAAACGUCAGAAGAAGAACGAGAAGUACGGCUUCGGCGGGAAGAAGCGCCACUCCAAGAGCGGUGAUGCCGUCUCGAGUGGUGAUAUGCGCGAUUUCUCCGUCCGGAAGAUGAAGGGCGGUUCGAGGGGAGGUGGUGGUGGUGGUGGCGGCGGCGGCGCCAAGAGACCUGGUAAGAGCAGGAGAGCUGCUGCCAAGGGUCGUGCUUGA